AUGGGUACGAUAGGCAUCUUCCACGGCAAACACCUCCUUAUCCUGAGCUUCGCAAACUGGCCUGAUGUAUGGCUCGACAAUAUUCGACGCCGAUUUCCGCGCUUGGAGAUUACAUGUUUGCAGAUUGAUACUAGCAAACCUAUUGAAGAGAGCGUUCCAAGUGACCUCCUCAAAAGAGCAACAGUAAUCGCUAUAAGCACCCAGCGCCAUCUACCUUUGCCAGAGAGUGUACCAAACAUAAAGUUAAUCCACACCUUCUCCGCCGGCGCAGACGGUCUCAUCAACGAGCCCUACAUCACCGACACCGAUCUCCCACUAACAACAAGCUCGGGAAUCCACGGUCCACCCAUCUCCGAAUGGGUGUUACUCAAUUGGUUGGUGAACUCGAAACAUUAUAAUAGCUUGUAUGAAGGCCAGAAGAGGCAUGAAUGGAUAAGUAGGAAGUAUGCAUCGGUGAGGCAGAGUGAUCAUGCAGGAAAGAAGGUUGCUAUAUUGGGGUAUGGUAGUAUUGGACGGCAGAUUGGAAGAAUAGCAACCGCCCUCGGCGCAAAGGUCUACGCCUACACGGCCUCAGCGAAACCAACGCCUGAAUCGCGUAGAGAUAAGGGAUACAUUGUCCCUGGAACGGGUGACCCAGACGGCAGUCUACCAGUUGCAUGGCACCACGGCACCACAAAAGCCGAACUGCGCCAGUUCUUGCGAGACACAAAACCAGAUCAUGUGGUGAUUUCAUUGCCGCUUACCGCUGCUACGUACCGUCUUUUUGAUGCCGGGGAAUUUGAGGUUUGGUCUGAUGCUUUAUCCUCUUCUUCUACCCCAUCCUCAUUAACAACGGCGGAAGAGGAGGAUGGGGAGGGAGAGGGAGAGGAAAGGAAAUUCCCGCCCCGAAAAGGCUUCCUAACGAAUAUUUCCCGCGGCAAAAUCGUGAAUACAGAUGCACUUAUCACAGCGCUCGAAAAGGGUCAGAUUCGUGGCGCGGCGCUGGACGUUACUGAUCCCGAGCCUUUACCUGCUGACCAUCCGCUGUGGGAUGCGGAAAAUGUGCAGAUCAGUCCACAUAUAAGCUGGUCGGGGCAGGAGUACUUUGUGCGUGCUCUGGAGGUUUUGCAACUUAAUCUAGAGCGGUUGGAGACUGGUGGAAAAUUGGUUAAUUUGUUUCACAGACGGAGGGGGUAUUAG